AAGUUAGGCAUAGUAUUCACCCCUUCAUGUUGAGGUGCUGGAUGCCCAUGUCCUGUGGACUAAUGAGCAGCACAGUCCAUGGCAGAGGUUCAUAUUAUUGGGAAUAUCAAAGGAGCAAGUGACUUUGAAAGUCGAUCCCUAUUUUGCAAGUGGGCAUUACACACUGGAGGUGCAUGGAAAUUGCUUGAAGGAAGCAAGCAAGGCCAGACCCAAGUCGACACCCCUGCAUUUGGGGACACCAGCUACUGGUGUCAUCCGAUCGAUGUCCAUUACGCCACGAGGGGCUUGCAGAACUGGCCUAAGUUUCAUUGUCAGGUGUAUAACUUGGACAGUUAUGGAAGGUGUGAGCUAAGUGGUUACGGCGUGUGCCACGUCCCCUCAGUGCCGGGUUCAUACGAACUGGACGUACCGUGUUGGCGCCCUGUUGGUUCCUUUAGAGAGGAGUUUGCCCGCUUUUUCCUUGGUGGCUCCACUGAGCUGAAACAGCAAGAGACGGUGUACGACAGCACUGAUCGCUACCGCCUCCAGACGAUCGCAACAGGCAAGGUUCAUCUUGAGCUCAAUGUGGUGACAAGAAAGUUUGAUCGCUUUGGGAUUGAGUUUCAGUGAAAAACACCAUCAUGGACGACGUUGGUAAAAGUCUGAACUUAGAAGGUGUAAUGGUGCCGCAAGAUGAUGAUGAUGACGAGGAAGAGGAAGAAAGGAAGGAGCGAGAGAGACAGUUCCAGAGGAAUUUCCAGAAACAGCUGCAACAGAUGGUGACGAAUCAAUCGACUCCAUUGUCCGAAGCGCAAGUGAUGCAGCCCAAGACCCUAGUGAAUGGUCACCCAUUCCGUUACAUGAAUGGGGGGACUCCAUCCAUUCCUGUUGUUCCUGGACAUACAAAUAAGGAGGAUGAUAUCUUUGCAAGUAAUGCUGGUCAGGGAGAUCGCAGGCAUGCAACAACUGAUCUUCAACAUGCAUACGACCAGGCCGGUGGCAACAGAGAGGUCCAGCUAGAGAUCCUCUAUGAGGCAAGAGGACAAGAAAUCGAGAAGCUGACUCUCCAGCUGGAAGAGACAGGGAAGGCCUACACGCGAGAGCUCCGCUCGCUCCGUCACCAGAUUGCCCUCCUCACGAGUGAACGAGAUGGACUGACUGUUAGCCUCCAGAGUGCACAAGAGCUACUUGGUGAGCAGAAAAAUCAGAAUAUUGAGCUGCUAGGAAGGGUCCAGUCCUUAGAAGUGAGGCUGAAGGCUCUCCAGGAUGCCAAGGAUGAGGUAACAAAGGAGCUGAACACCAAAUGUAAAGUGCUGGAUGAGGUACAGCGGCAGCUGACGGAGACGGAGAAAGCGGGGAGUCUGAGUCGGGUCAAAGAGGAGCAUCAGCGGAUCGUCGGGGGGCUCAGGGCCCAGAAUGAGAAGCAGGUUAAGGAUCUCCUCACUGACCUGGAGGUGCUUAGACAGGACCUUGAGAAACAUUGGUAUCCUCAAAAGUCAGAUUUCUUUCCUCAGGCAUCAGAGAAGGCAUCUAUGCAGAAGCAAAUGGCAGAUGUUGUCAGGGGGUAUGAGCAGAAGCUUGCUGAGAAAGGGGAGACAAUCAACAGACUUUCACGGAACUUGGAGGAGAGCCAGCAACAAUGCACAGGGCUGCUGGACCAUGGACGUGUGCAGGAACUGCAGACACUCAAAUUCAAUGUGAAUCGCCUUACUCAGGAGAAGCAGGUUGCUGAACAGACCAUCAAGGCCCUCAAGAGUGAAAUGGACAACUUGAAGACAGAGUUGUCAAUGCAGAUCUCAGCCAUAAAGCUGGGUGUGACGGAUGGAGGUGGUCCUUCGCUGAAGUCUCAACAGGGUGCACCUGAGAUGACCGUUUUGCAGGAGGAGCUGCGAAGGAGCCUCAACAUCAACCGAGUGCGGCGAAAGGAGGUGGAAACGCUAAAGGCCGAGCUCGAAAUGAAGAACCAGGAUCUCUCUAGCCUCCAGGCAAAGGUCAAGGACAUCAGUGAGGAGAAUCAGCUACUCAAGAUGGACUUGAAGCAGAAAACAAAGGAUGUUACAACCCUGAUUGAGAAGACAAAGCUAAGAGAGGGAGAGCAGCUGUUGAAAAAACAGCUUCAAGAGGUGGAAGAAGAGCUUGAGGCUGCAUCUAAGCGGAGCCAGGCUGCCGAGCAGGAGUUGGGGCGCUUGAAGCAGCGGAUGACCUCACUGCAGGAAGAGAAGGAGCAAGCAGUGCGUCGGAUGCAAGAGAACCUGGAAGCGAUCCACCAGGAGGCGCUGGAGCAGGUGCGGCAGCAGGCAGAGGUGAAGUGGCACGGAGAAGUUGGGCGUUUGCAGUCGCAGCUCAAUGCAGUCAAUAAAUCUCUGGACGAUGUGAAGUCGAUGUAUGUGAAAGCCUGUGAGGAGAAGACCCAGGCUGAGGAAGAGGGAAAGAAGCUCGCUGUUGCAGAGUUGGAGGCGCAAUACAAGGCUGCAUAUGAACAACGCAAUUCUGCAAUCAUGAAACGCCUGGCCGAGUUUGAGAGCAAGACGAAGGAGGAGCGGGACCGUCUGAAGAAGGACCUUGAGCGCCUCAACCGUGAGAAUGAGGUCUUGCGAAAGAGGGAGGGAGAGUGGAAGGAGGGUAUUGUCAAAUACAAGCAAGAACUCGAUGCAGAACUUCAAACCAACCAUGACCUCCUUCACAAAGAGAAAGAGGAGCUCCAACAUGAGCGUGAGACGCUUGCAGAGAAGGUCACCCAGGCCAUACAGGAGGAGAAGGCACGAGCUAGCAGAGAGUAUCAACGACAAAUGGAAAUGCUAAAGAAGAGCCAUGAAGAUGAGAUGCGUAGCCUGAGUCAGCAUUUCCAGAAACAGCUGGCGACCAUGCAGAAUCCAUCUGGAAACCAGGUGUCGAUGUCCAGUGCCAAGCACAGGCGCCUCACUGAAACCGUAACCAAGAUCGCUGAAGACUUCCAAGAGAUGAAAGGGCGUCGCUCAGCCGAGGUGGACGAACUGAAAUUGAAGUUAGAGUUCGAAUGUAGAGAUAAGGAGCGCCUCCAGCAGAAGCUCAAGAAGCUUGACUCCCACAUCAAGUCUCUCGAGACUCAUUACAAAGAUGAAUUAGACCGCAUUGGGGCUGCAUAUAAGGCUGCCAUUGAAAAACUACAGAAAAGGGAAGCACAAACAAUUCACAAAGUGCAAUCUAUGACAAGCGUUCGAAACCAUUCCGAUCCACCCCUGUUGAGGACGCCGAGCAGCCGACUGGCCAAGGCGGCCCCAUCGCAGUAUGCAGAACUGUCCAAGACGGUCGCAUCGCAGUAUGCAGAACUGACCCAGGCAGGUGAACGACCUCCACACGCCAAGCCUCCCUCCAUCGCUGGCGGCGCCAGCUGGUCCGGUGUCCCUGUCGUCCACUCACCGCCCCAGAAGGGCCCCGGCAAGGGGCAGGACGGUUUCCUCAAACUCCAGAUGGACGCCAUGAACAGCGUCCAUCGUCUUCUCGACAAGUUCAGCAAACCUCCCAACUCGUGAUCUCUAAGAUAGUCAUAUUUCUGAUAUUCCCUUUUCUACUUUUGUAUUUGAUGGUUAUGUCAACGUUUGUGUAACUUGCUACACUUUGCAGAAGAGUUCUCUUGCCGCAGUAUCUUGGUCCGUUUGUGCAUUGCCAUCGAAGUCGAGUUCAAUGUGGACCGCAUGUACAGGACAUUGGUGGCAUUUUUUUAACAUGAUUAUCUCAUGUGAAACUUUUCAGAUUAUUUUUAUCCUUUCACCCUCUUUUUUGAUUGCCUGGAUGGAAAUGCAUGGAACUCAAAGUCUCAGCACAACAUGGAAUAAAAUAGGAAAAAAAAGUGUUGAUAUGUUUGAUGGCAGUUGUCCACAUGCACAAAUAAAUCCUGCUUGCUACCUG